AUGUCUAAACUCCUACAAAGCAUCGUCACUGUCAUUGAAGUUUUCUACCAAUAUGCCACCCAGGAUGAGGAGUGUGAUAUGUUGAACAGGGCAGAACUGAAAGAAUUUUUGGAAAAUGAAUUUCAUCAAAUUAUGAAGAAUCCAGAUGAUCCAGACACUGUAGAUAUAAUCAUGCAAAGUUUGGAUCGAGACCAUAACAAGAAAAUGGAUUUUACUGAGUAUCUUCUGAUGAUAUUCCAGCUGGCUCAAGCUUGUAAUAAAAUCAUUGGGAAAGAUUACUGCCAAGCUUCAGGGUCAAAGCAAAAAGGUCACAGCCACCAGCACCAAGAGGAACAUAGUGAAACAGAAGAGGAAAACAACAAGCAAGAAUCAUCUUCCAGCCAUUCAAAGAGGGGUACAGGAGAGAAUGAUUCCUAUUCUAGGGGUUCCAGAAGAAACAUUAAACACAGGUCUCAAUCCAGCUCCAAAAAAACAGGGCAUCGAGGAGGUUUGUCUAGUUUAGGGCACAGGCAAAACUCUGGCGAAGGCCACUUCAAAGAUAAUAAGAAAAAUAAGUAUGGCUCUCAUCAGCAAGAAAGGUCUGAAAGUGAAGAAUAUUCUCAUUCAAGUAACUAUAGAAAAAGAUUACACUCAGCAAAUCAGUCAGGUGGUUGUGGAGAACAAGGGCAUGUUUGCCACUCAGAUGAUCAGUCUUUCAGUUCUGACCAAUACUGCUCUGACUCAGACAAAUCUUUAGGAAACAGCCAACAUAAGAAGAAAUCAAGCCAGCAUCACGGAUUCAGCUCAGGGAGUCAUGGAAGACAAGAUCACCAGUCAAAUUCAAAUGUGCCCACUGGUUAUGGUCAUGAGUCUGGCUCAGGUCAGCUUUCUCAACGGAAACGGCAUGAAUCAAAUGCAGGAUCUCAAUCAGAAAAUUGUGAAGAACAAGGAUAUUGUUCCAGUUCAAGUGACGUAUCCAGUUUUGGGUCAUGCUCAGGUCAAUCCUCUACUCAAAGACGUGGAUCCAACUCAAGCAGUCGGUCAGGGAGCUGUGAAAGACAAAAGCAUGGCUCUGGAUCAGGGCAAUCUUCUAAUUAUGGGAAAUAUGGAUCUGGAUCUAAUCAAUCUUCUAGUCAGAGAUACCAUGGGUCUCGUUCAGAAUCCAGUUUAGGUGAAUCAUCAAGCUGUGGACAUGGAUCUGGAUCAGGUCAGUCUUCUGGCUUUGGACAACACAGUACUUCUUCAGGACAGGCUUCCAGCUAUGGACAUCAUGAAACUAGCUCAGGUCAGUCUUCCAGCUAUGGUCAACAUGGGUCUGGCUCAAGUCAGAUUCCUAGCCACAGCCGACAUGGGUCUGGCUCUGGUCAGUCUUCUAGCUGUGGCCAACAGGGAUCAGGAUCAGGCCAGUCUUCUAGCUUUGAACAACAUGGGACUGGAGCAGGUCAAUCCUCUGGCUAUGGACAACAUAGUUCUGGCUCAGGUCAAUCUUCUAGCCAUAGCCAACAUGGGUUUCAAUCAGGUCAGUCCUCUGGCUAUGGACAACAUAGUUCUGGCUCAGGUCAAUCUUCUAGCCAUAGCCAACAUGGGUUUCAAUCAGGUCAGUCCUCUGGCCAUGGACAACAUAGUUCUGGCUCAGGUCAAUCUUCUAGCCAUAGCCAACAUGGGUUUCAAUCAGGUCAGUCCUCUGGCUAUGGACAACAUAGUUCUGGCUCAGGUCAAUCUUCUAGCCAUAGCCAACAUGGGUUUCAAUCAGGUCAAUCCUCCGGCUAUGGACAACAUAGGUCUGGCUCAGGUCAGUCUUCUGGCAUUGGGCAACAUGGGUCUAGCUUAGGUCAAUCCUCUACUCAUGGACAACAUAGUUCUUCUUCAGGCCAAUCAUCAAGCUAUGGACAUCAUGAAACUAGCUCAGGUCAGUCUUCCAGCUACGGUCAACAUGGGUCUGGCUCAAGUCAGUUUCCUAGUCACAGCCGACAUGGGUCUGGCUCGGGCCAAUCUUCUUGCUAUGGCCAACAUGGAUCAGGAUCAGGUCAUUCUUCUGGCAUUGGGCAACAUGGGUCUGGAGCAGGUCAAUCCUCUACUCGUGGGCAACAUAGUUCUUCUUCAGGGCAGUCAUCAAGCUAUGGACAUCAUGAAACUAGAUCAGGUCAGUCUUCCAGCUACAGUCAACAUGGGUCUGGCUCAAGUCAGUUUCCUAGUCACAGCCGACAUGGGUCUGGCUCGGGCCAAUCUUCUAGCUAUGGCCAACAUGGAUCAGGAUCAGGUCAGUCUUCUGGCAUUGAGCAACAUGGGUCUGGAGCAGGUCAAUCCUCUACUCGUGGGCAACACAGUUCUACUUCAGGGCAGUCAUCAAGCUAUGGACAUCAUGAAACUAGCUCAGGUCGGUCUUCCAGCUAUGGUCAGCAUGGGUCUGGCUCACGUCAGAUUCCUAGCCACAGCCGACAUGGGUCUGGUUCCGGUCAGUCUUCUAGCUGUGGUCAACAUGAAUCAGGAUCAGGCCAGUCUUCUAGCUUUGAACAACAUGGGUCUGGAGCAGGUCAAUCCUCUGGCUACGGACAACACAGUUCUGGCUCAAGUCAAUCUUCUAGCCAUAGCCAACAUGGUUCUCAAUCAGGUCAGUCCUCUGGCUAUGGACGACAUGGGUCUGGAGCAGGUCAAUCCUCUGGCUAUGGAAAACAUGGGUCUGGAGCAGAUCAGUCUUCUGGCAUUGGGCAACAUGGGUCCAGAGCAGGCCAAUCCUCUACUCAUGAACAACAUAGUUCUACUUCAGGUCAGUCAUCAAGCUAUGGACAUCACGAAACCAGCUCAGGUCAGUCUUCCAGCUAUGGACAACAUGGGUCUGGCUCAAGUGAGAUUCCUAGCCACAGCCAACAGGGGUCUGGCUCAGGUCAGUCAUCUAGCUAUGGCCAACAUAGAUCAGGAUCAGGCCAGUCUUCUGGCAUUGGGCAACACGGGUCUGGCUUAGAUAAAUCCUCUACUCAUGGACAACAUAGUUCUUCUUCAGGACAGACUUCCAGCUAUGGUCAACAUGGGUCUGGCUCAAAUCAGACUCCUAGUCGCAGCCGACAUGGGUCUGGCUCGGGCCAGUCUUCUAGCUAUGGCCAACAUGGAUCAGGAUCAGGUCAGUCUUCUGGUAUUGGGCAACAUGGGUCUGAAGCAGGACAAUCCUCUGGCUACGGACAACAUAGGUCUGGCUCAAGUCAAUCUUCUAGCCAUAGCCAACAUGGGUCUCAAUCAGGUCAGUCCUCUGGCUAUGGACAACAUGGGUCUGGAGCAGGUCAAUCCUCCGGCUAUGGACAACAUAGGUCUGGCUCAGGUCAGUCUUCCAGCUAUGGUCAACAUGGGUCUGGCUCAAGUCAGUUUCCUAGCCACAGCCGACAGGGAUCUGGCUCAGGUCAGUCUUCUAGCUAUGGCCAACAUAGAUCAGGAUCAGGCCAGUCUUCUAGCUAUGAGCAACAUGGGUCUGAAGCAGGUCAAUCCUCCAGCUAUGGACAACAUAGGUCUGGCUCAGGUCAGUCUUCUGGCAUUGGGCAACAUGGGUCUGGAAUAGGUCAAUCCUCCAGCUAUGGACAACAUACAUCUGGCUCAGGUCAGUCUUCUGGCUUUGGGCAACAUGGGUCUAGCAUAGGUCAAUCCUCUACUCAUGGACAACAUAGUUCUACCUCAGGGCAGUCAUCAAGCUAUGGACAUCAUGAAACUAGCUCAGGUCAGUCUUCCAGGUAUGGCCAACACGGAUCUGACUCAAGUCAGUUUCCUAGCCACAGCCAACAUGGGUCUGGCUCAGGUCAGUCUUCUAGCUAUGGCCAACAUGGAUCAGGAUCAGGCCAGUCUUCUAGCUAUGAACAACAUGGGUCUGGAGCAGGUCAAUCUUCUGGCUAUGGCCAACAUGAGUCUGUCUCAGGUCAGCCUUCUGCCUUUGGUCAGAAUGCAUGUGGUUCAGGUCAGUCAUCAAGCUCUAGUGAGCAUGAAUCUAAAUAUGGUCAAUCCUCUAGCUAUGGACAUCACGGUUCUGUUUCAGGACAGUCAUCAAACUGUGGUCAGCAUGCAUCUGGAUCAAGUGAGUCGUCCAGCUGUGGCCAACAUAGAUCUGCCUCUCACCAUAGACAGCAAGGGUCUGGCUCAGGUCAGUGUUCUAGCUCUGAACAAUAUGAGUCUGGCUCAGGUCACUCAUCUAGCUCUGAACAGUGUGGUUUUGGAUCUGGUCAGUAUUCUGGCAAUGAACAAUAUGGGUCUGGCUCAGGUCACUCAUCUAGCUCUGGACAGUGUGGCUUUGGAUCUGCUCUGGACAAUGUGGUUUUGGAUCUGGUCAGUAUUCUGGCAAUGAACAAUAUGGGUCUGGCUCAGGUCACUCAUCUAGCUCUGGACAGUGUGGUUUUGGAUCUGGUCAGUAUUCUGGCAAUGAACAAUAUGGGUCUGGCUCAUGUCACUCACCCAGCUCUGGACAAUGUGGUUUUGGAUCUGGUCAGUAUUCUGGCACUAAACAAAGUGGGUCUGGCUCAUGUUGCUCAUCUAGCUCUGGACAAUGUGGUUUUAGAUCUGGCUGCUGUUCUAGCUAUGAGCAACCUGAAUCACAAGGGAGAUGUGGGUCAAUUUCAAGUGGUACUUAUGAUGAGUACAGUAAACCCAAAACAGGUUCUACUCCCAAUCGAUCAAGAAGAAACAGCCAGGAAUGGUCAGGGUACAACCAAAAAGAAAGUAGUGCUUUCCCGGCUCCCCACCCCGCCCCCUCCACCCGUCGGCGGCGGCGUUGUGUACCCACCUCCCUACGUGAAGGCCAAGGGGAGGCGGUGCCUCCAGAUGUUUCCAAACGGGCUGCCCCUUGCGGUGCUAGAGGCUGCGAAGGAAUAA